AUGACUGAUUUACAAGAUAGAGAGCCUUCCAUCAUUAUUAAUGGUAAUUUAGAGCCAGAAGAAGAUGAUCAAUAUGUUCAAGAAACUGAAGAAAUUAUUCAAGAAGAUGCUGGUGCCAAUGAACAACAAUUAGAUGAUUCCAAACCAAAGAAAAAGGUUGCAUUUGCUGGUUUGGAUGAAGAAUCUGAAGCUGAAAGAAGAAAGAGAGAAUUCGAAGAAGGUGGUGGUUUACCAGAACAACCAACUAACCCUGAUUUUAGUAAGCUAAAUCCUUUGUCUGCUGAAAUUAUCAAUAGACAAGCUACCAUCAACAUUGGUACCAUUGGUCAUGUCGCCCACGGUAAAUCCACUGUUGUCAGAGCUAUCUCUGGUGUUCAAACCGUUCGUUUCAAAGAUGAAUUAGAACGUAAUAUUACUAUUAAACUGGGUUAUGCUAACGCAAAGAUCUAUAAAUGUCAAGAUCCAUCUUGUCCAGAACCAGACUGUUAUAGAUCAUUCAAAUCAGACACUGAAAUUAACCCUAAAUGUCAAAGACCAGGUUGCCCAGGCCGUUAUAAAUUAGUUCGUCAUGUUUCUUUUGUUGAUUGUCCAGGUCACGAUAUUUUAAUGAGUACUAUGUUGUCUGGUGCUGCAGUUAUGGAUGCUGCACUACUGUUAAUUGCUGGUAACGAAUCUUGUCCGCAACCACAAACUUCUGAACAUUUAGCAGCCAUUGAAAUUAUGAAAUUGAAACAUGUCAUUAUUUUACAAAACAAAGUCGAUUUAAUGCGUGAAGAAAGUGCUUUAGAACAUGAAAAAUCUAUUUUACAAUUUAUUAAAGGUACUAUUGCCGACGGUGCUCCAAUUAUCCCAAUUUCUGCUCAAUUGAAAUAUAACAUCGAUGCUGUUAAUGAAUUUAUAGUGAAAACUAUUCCUGUACCUCCAAGAGAUUUUAUGGUUUCCCCACAUUUAAUUGUUAUCCGUUCAUUUGAUGUUAACAAACCUGGUACUGAAAUUGAUGAUUUGAAGGGUGGUGUUGCUGGUGGUUCUAUUUUGAACGGUGUUUUUAAACUAGGUGACGAAAUUGAAAUUAGACCUGGAAUUGUUACAAAAGAUGACAAAGGUAAAAUCCAAUGUAAGCCAAUUUUCUCAAAUGUUGUUUCCUUAUUUGCUGAACAAAAUGAUUUGAAAUUUGCUGUUCCAGGUGGUUUGAUUGGUGUUGGUACUAAAGUAGAUCCAACUCUAUGUAGAGCUGAUCGUUUAGUUGGUCAAGUUGUUGGUGCUAAAGGCCAUUUACCAAGUAUCUUCACAGAUAUUGAAAUUAACUACUUCUUAUUGCGUCGUUUAUUAGGUGUUAAGACUGAUGGCCAUAAACAGGCUAAGGUUAGAAAAUUGGAAGUAGGCGAAGUCUUAAUGGUUAAUAUCGGUUCUACUGCUACUGGUGCUCGUGUUGUUGCUGUUAAAGCUGAUAUGGCCAGAUUACAAUUAACUUCACCAGCUUGUACUGAAGUUAAUGAAAAGAUUGCUUUAUCAAGACGUAUUGAAAAACAUUGGCGUUUAAUUGGUUGGGCUACUAUUAAGAAAGGUACCACUUUGGAACCUGUCUCUGUCUAA